AUGACUGAUAGCAACCAACAGAAGCAACUGAAUGUAAAUGUUAUGGAAGCGAUGAGGAAAAAUGGUGCUUUUUUUGAUCUCCAUGCAAGACUUCUCGCAAAUUUAAGUGAAGCAGUCCAACAAUCAGAUAUUGAAGGUCUUAAGCCUUAUAAGCAAAUUAAGAAAGAAGAAAUAUAUUCAGUUGCAACAGAAUGCAUACUUCGUUAUCUAAAGCUUCAUAAAAUGGAAAAUACUUUCAGAGCCUGUGUUGCAGAAUCCGGAAAUACAUUUAAACUAAAUUCAAACAGAUCAUAUGCCGAAGAAUACAUUAAUUGCGAUGAUUGUCCUGAUCCAAUUCAUGAGGUUUUGAUUGAUUUCAAACAGCAUUAUGACGAAAUUUUCUUCGAUAACAGAGAUCAACUCAGAGCUCAGCUUACAGAAAGGCUUAGUGUUUUGUUUAAACCAAAAUCAAAGUAA